AUGAUCUCCCACGUUUGCCACCACCACCACCUUGACCCCACUAUGAAGACUAUUGACCCCAUGGACGCGACCAAGGACAUGAUAGGAGAGACCUUCUGGGUUACAGAGCUGACCCUUCUUGAUGAAAGGAGCUCGAUCAACAAGUAG